UCAGCACCAGCUCUCGGACAGCGGCGCCGCCCACGGGCAUGGACGGUGGCAGCAGCCGCAGCGGCUGCAGCAGUCUGUCUCCUGGCCCGUGUCCGAAAGGGGAGCAGAGGCCCGAAGGGGAUCCCUUGUCCCCAAAAGGCAGCUCCUCGGACAGGUAGGGAGGAACAGCUCUGCAGAUCCGGCUCGAAGAUCUUCUCAGCACCUCUGCUCCAGGUCCCAGACCAAGGCCAUGGCUCCUGAGGCUAGCCCAGAGAGAAGCUGUUCCCUCCACAGCUGUCCUCUUGAGGACCCUUCCAGCUCUUCGGGACCCCCACCACCAACUUCCACCCUUCAGGCUCUAGAUCCGACCGGCGCCUUAGCCCCUGGUCAUUUCACCUAUUCGCGGCAACCGCAAGAAUAUCAAGAAGGCAGUUCUCUACUAGGGCCUGGAGACCAGGCAGCUUUAUGCUCCCAUGGCUCCAACAUCAAUGCUUCUCCAGUCCCCUCACAGCGUGAUGGGGUCUGGAAGCCGCCUUCUGUGCAACACCAUGUGGUCAGCGUCAGGCAGGAACGGUCCUUCCGGAUGCCAAAGAGCUAUUCCCAGCUGAUUGCUGAGUGGCCAGUGGCCGUGCUGCUAGUGUGUUUAGCUUUCAUCCUCCUCUGCACCCUGGCUGGACUACUGGGAAGCCAGCUGCCUGACUUCUCCAACCCUUUACUGGGCUUUGAACCUCGGGAUACAGACAUUGGACGAAAGCUAGAAGUGUGGAAAGCACUGCAGGCUCUCACAGGCCCCAGGAACCUGCUUUCCCUUUCCCCAGACAUGGAUCUGAACAGCUUGAACUCCCAUAGCACUCUGAAUCCUAUACACUGGGACAAGGCUCAGGAGAGUGUGGUCCGGGCCCGGAGAAUGGUGGAGCCCCCUGAGGAAAGAGGGCAGGAGAACUUCUUCUGUGGCCCCCCUGAGAAGAGCAACGCAAAGCUGGUGUUCAUGUCCACCACUGUGGGCAGCCUGUGGAACCUGCAUGCCAUCCAUUCUAUGUGUCGCAUGGAACAGGAGCAGAUCCGCUCCCAUCCCCGCUUUGGGGCUCUAUGUCAGCGUACAGCAGCCAACCAGUGCUGCCCCAGCUGGUCGCUGGGCAACUAUCUGGCUAUGCUCUCCAACCGCUCCUCCUGCCUGGACACUACCCAAGCUGAUGCAGCCCGCAUACUGGCCCUGCUGCGGGCCUGCGCCCCCUAUUACCAUCGUGGUGUCCUGGUACCCUCUUGUCUGGGACCUGGGCAUGACAAAUCCCCACACUGUGCCCAGAUUCCCACCAAGUGCUCCCGGAGCAGUGCCAUCUACCAACUCCUUCACUUUCUGCUAGAUAGGGACUUUCUGAGUCCCCAGACUGCUGACUACCAGGUGCCCUCCCUCAAAUAUAGCCUGCUCUUCCUGCCCACCCUAAAGGGUGCCUCCAUGAUGGACAUCUACCUAGAUGGCCUAGUCAACCCCUGGGACCUCUCUGACAACUAUACGUCCAUUACCGGCAUGGACCUGGGCAUCAAGCAGGAGCUGCUGAAGCACUAUCUGGCCCUGGAUACGGUGUACCCCUUGCUGGCCCUGGUUGCCAUCUUCUUCAGCAUUGCUCUCUACCUGCGCUCACUCUUCAUCACGCUCAUGGUUAUGCUGGGGGUGCUGGGCUCCCUACUGGUGGCCUUCUUUCUUUACCACGUUGCCUUCCGCAUGGCCUACUUCCCUUUUGUAAAUCUGGCAGCCCUCAUCCUGCUUAGCGGUGUCUGCGUCAACCACACACUCAUCUUCUACGACCUAUGGCGCCUCAGCAAAAGCCAGGUGCCCUCUGGGGGCCUGGCGCAGCGCGUGGGCCGCACGAUGCACCACUUUGGCUACCUGCUGCUGGUCUCCGGCCUCACCACCGGCGCGGCUUUCUACGGCAGCUACCUGAGCCGCUUGCCCGCGGUGCGCUGCUUCGCCCUCUUCAUGGGCACCGCUGUGCUAGUGCACAUGGCGCUCACACUGGUCUGGCUGCCCGCCUCCGCGGUACUCCAUGAGCGCUACCUGGCGCGCGGCUGUGUGCCCCGGGCGCAGGGCCCAAGGGGCGGCAGCGACCCCUGGCGGCUGUUGCUAGCGUUGCACCGGCGGUUCCGUGGCUUUCGGAGGGCCAUUGCCAUCCUCUCGCGCCUGCUCUUUCAGCGUCUGCUGCCCUGUGGCGUCAUCAAGUUCCGCUACAUCUGGAUCUGCUGGUUCGCGGCGCUGGCGGCAGGGGGAGCCUACAUCGGCGGCGUAAGUCCCCGCCUGCAACUCCCCAUUCUGCUGCCGGCUGGCGGUCAGGUCUUCAGGCCUAGUCACCCCUUCGAGCGCUUCGAUGCAGAGUAUCGGCAGCAGUUCCUGUUUGAGCAGCUGCCUGCGGACGAGGGCGGCCAAUUGCCCGUGGUUUUGGUGUGGGGAAUCCUGCCGGUGGACACUAGCGACCCCCUGGACCCUCGCAGCAACAGCUCACUAGUGACCGACCCUGACUUCUCAGCCAGUAGUCCAGAAGCCCAGCGCUGGCUUCUGACACUCUGUCACCGAGCCCGGAAUCAGAGCUUCUUUGGCACCCAGCCAGAAGGCUGGCCCACACUGUGUUUCAUGGAGGCCCUCCAACACUGGAUAGAGAGCCCGGCCUGUGCCCGCCUAGGACCUAACGUCUGCUGUGGUCAGUCAGACUUUCCCUGGGCCCCCCAGCUUUUCCUGCAUUGCCUCAAGAUGAUGGCUCAGGAGCAAAGCCCUGAUGGCACCCGUGACUUGGGACUCCGUUUUGAUGCCCAUGGCAACCUGGCUGCCCUGGUCUUGCAGUUCCAGACCAACUUCCCGUACAGUCCAGACUACAACCAGGUCCACCACUUCUACAAUGAGAUCAGCCGCUGGCUGGCAGCAGAACUGGGCAGGUCACCUCCCAGCCUCCGCCGUGGUUGGUUCACCAGUCGCCUAGAGCUGUACAGCCUGCAACACAGUCUGAGCACAGAACCUGCUGUGGUGCUGGGCCUGGCUCUGGCACUGGCCUUUGCCACUCUGCUGCUGGGCACCUGGAAUGUUCCACUCAGUCUGUUCUCUGUGGCAGCUGUGGCAGGCACUGUACUGCUCACUGUAGGACUUCUGGUUCUACUUGAGUGGCAGCUCAACACUGCUGAGGCUCUCUUUCUCUCUGCCUCUGUGGGCCUCUCAGUAGAUUUCACUAUCAACUAUUGCAUCUCCUAUCACCUGUGCCCACAUCCUGACCGCCUGAGCCGCGUGGCCUUCUCGCUGCGCCAGACCAGCCGUGCCACAGCAGUAGGAACCGCUGCUCUGUUCGCAUCUGGCGUGCUCAUGCUGCCUGCCACAGUGCUGCUCUAUCGCAAGCUGGGCAUCAUCCUCAUGAUGGUCAAGUUCGUCAGCUGUGGCUUUGCCAGCUUCUUCUUCCAAUCUCUGUGCUGUUUCUUCGGGCCAGAGAAGAACUGUGGACAGAUCCUCUGGCCCUGUGCCCACCUGCCAUGGGAUGCUGGAAGUGGGGAGCCUGAUGAAGAAAAGUCACGACCAAUAGGAGGGGUACCUGGAUCUUGCUCCGAGCAUUAUGAGCUUCAGCCCCUGGCACGGCGCCGGAGCCCCAGCUUUGACACUAGCACAGCCACCAGCAAGCUAUCCCACCGGCCCUCGGUACUCUCAGAGGAUCUGCAGCUUCAUGACGGCAACUGCUGUUCCCGAGCACCACCAGCCCCUGCCUCCCCAAGGGAUCUGCUCCUGGACCACCAGGCAGUCUUCAGUCAGUGCCCAGCCCUGCAGACCUCCUCUCCCUAUAAACAGGCUGGCCCCAGCCCUAAAACUGGGGCCAGGCAGGACUCCCAAGGGCAGAAGGCUGAGCCCUUGCAGGCCUCACUAGAAACCCCGGCUCACUGCCCCAGGCUCAAGGCUGAAGAUCUUCCUGAUGGCUUCUGCUCCUCAGCCAGCACCCUGGAGGGGCUCAGCGUCUCAGAUGACACCUGCCUUAGCACCUCUGAGCCCAGUGCCCGUGUACCAGAUUCCAUGGGUGCCUCUCCAGAAGACCUAGAUGACACUGACCAGCCAAUACUUGAGCGGGGCCAGCUGAAUGGGAAGCGAGACACUCUGUGGCUGGCGCUGAAGGAGACGGUGUAUGACCCAUCACUGCCCAACUCCCACCAGAGCAGCUCCUCCUGGAAGGGCCGUGGCGGGCCCGGGGAUGGCAGCCCUGUGAUGCUGCCCAACAGCCAGCCAGAUCUGCCAGAUGUUUGGCUCCGCAGACCCAGCACCCACACUUCUGGCUACAGUAGCUAAGGAAGAUCAGGGAAAGCCAGACCUGGGUGCAGAACCUUGUCAGUGAUGAUAAGGCAGGAGCAGCACCAGGCUGGAGCCUGAAAGUAUUCUCCAAAUCAACAUGGAUUUAAAACUCUGCCAGAUGUUCCAGCCUUGAUCUGUCUGCGACUUACCCCCUAUAUCUGGAGGAUUCAACAGGGAGUGCCUUUGGAAGGGAAUACAGGCUCUCCUUGUGACCUGCUGAGGGCUCAUCUGCUCCCACAGUGCCAACAAUGAUCCCUCCUCUGGAAAGGGAGAGGCCAGCUGUGCAGUUCUGAGUAUCAGGGGAGACCAACCUGACCCUUUCCCAGCUGACAAGAUAUUCAGUGACAUUAUGGAACCUGGUCUUUGGAAUCCUUUUGGGGUACCUUGCUGACCAGAAGAGCCCUUGGGAACCUCCAUAACCUCCUAGAUCUCACCCCUCUCACUGACUUUUCAUCAGGACACUUCUCACUUUUGGGGGAGCUUCUCCGGGCCAGAAUUGGGCUGAGGCCUCUGUCUGAAACCGCUCUGCUCUACUUGCAUUCUCAGUUUCACCAAAAGUUCUUCAAGGGCAGAGAUGGCUGCUGAGAAUGAAGCAGGAGAAGGCGGGAUGAUCAGUCUCUGAGCAUUCUUAAAUUGCAAGACCCCCUCUUCAGAAGCAGGUUCCAGUGCUCUCCCCUAUUAAAAAAAAAAAAAAACGAUAAUAAUUCUUUCCAUCCCCACACCUCUUAGUCUCCUUGGACUCUCACUACUUUACUACAGCAUGAUCUGCAGUUGGUUAGGUUUUUACCCCCAAUUUGCAGGUAAAGACAUUGAGACUAAGUAAGGUUAAUUGAUUUACCCAAAGUCAUGUCACCUGUCAAUGGCAGAGCAGUAUGCUGACUCAUUCUGCUACCAUAACUCCAACUCUCCACCCAGCUACCUGCUUCGGGGACAUUGGCCCCUUGGCUGUCUUGAUCCCUUGCUUCUAGCACACUCCUCCAACCUGCCUUCUGUGACGUCUCUAUGUAAACCCUGCCUCCCCUUUGGGCCUCCAUCUCCAGAGAAAGCUGUACUCUGAACAGACCCCACAGUUCCUCCUUGUCUCCCUUGUGCUUCCCUCUGAAACCUUCUGAGAUGUCUUUCAGGCUUGUGGCAUAAUGGCUGAUCUGAUUCUGAGGCUCCCGAGGCAUGUCUCUUCCAUGGCCAUAGUGUACAGAGUGGCCUCACCAGAAGAGGUUCUGAAGGGUGGAAGAGGUUGAGCAGAAUUCAGUUAAGGCAGGAACUCAGACCUGCCCUUUUGUGUGUGUGGCGGGGGAAGGGGGUGGUGAAACUGAAGCUGCUCCCCACCUAGGUCAGGUCCCAUACUUUUGAAGGAUGAGUUUCUCUAGGGAGCACUCAGCAGACCAAAUCCUGGCUCUCCCUACCCAAAGCAGAGUCUGUCCUAAGGUUUCAUCCCUGUUAAAGCUCAUAACACUAGGGAACAUCAGCAAGUUUAUGGAACAUCUGUUUUGCACAUGAUAUUACAAAGAAUAUAGGUAUGGAAGGAAAAUUGAGUACCUACCUUUGAUGAGCUCACAUUUUGGAUGAGGAAGCAGCUUACAUGAUUCAUGAAAACUAUUGAUCUAGGCCAUUUUACAAAUGAGUAUCAGAAAUAGGAAGGAAUUUUUCCUGAGCAAAACAGUCUGUGACAGAACUGAAGGCAAACCAGAAGAUGUUUUUGUUUAAUAUUGUUGUGUUCCUGUUAUUAAGACCUACCUCCGAUCCCAAAUAGCUCAUGUCAAGUGGAGCAGAAAUUCAAAUGAGACAUAAGGGUUAUGGAAGAAAGAGAAGACAGUACAGUUGUCCCUCAGUAUCCACCCUCAGUAUCCAUGGAGAAUUGGUUCCUGGACCCCAAGGAUACCAAAAUCCAAGGAUGCUCAAGUCCCUUGUGUAAAAUGGUGUAGUAUCUGCAUAUAAUCUGCGUAUAUCCUCUCAUAUACUUUAAAUUGUCUCUAGAUUACUUAAAAUAUCUAAUACAAUGUAUAUGCUGUGUAAAUCGUUGUUACACUGUGUUGAACAAAGAAAAAAGUCUGUGUUCAGUUCUGAUGUGGUUUUUUUUCAUUCUGAAUAUUUUCAGUCUGUGGUUGAUUGAAUGUAUAAAUGC